CCACCACAUAGCCAACACUAGAACUAGAUUGGAUUUUUACCUGAGACUUUUUUUCACGUCUCGCGAUCGUCUUAACUCGCCACCAUCGCGUUACGAACUGCAACGAGCCACGAAAUAAUUUUAUGACCGCCGUACCGUCACAAAUUUUCGUCUCACCAAAAUGCAUUUUGGAUCGUUUGCUUUCUUCUUCUGUUCGUUUUUAAUUAACUUGAACCGUUUCAAUGUUCGUGCCGAAGUUUUCACCGCUUUGGCCGAACUUGAAGAACUCCUACAGACCGAAUCAGUGCUCAUCAACGCUUUAGAGAGCUUUAUUCAAACUCACGAACAAAAACUGGCUAUACUCCGGCGAUAUGCAGAAGCAUAUCAAAACCAGCACGAUAUUGCUGCAGCUGAUGUCCAAGUUUACGUCUCUAAUCCCAUCAACGCAUAUCUUCUGGUGAAGAGAUUAACUACUGACUGGAAAGAAGUCCAAACUUUAAUUGAAACAAACGCAGGAGCAGAGGUACUACAUAAUUUAACAACAUACAGGCAGCAUUUAAAGUUCCCAACGGAUGAAGACUUGAAUGGAGCUGCUGUAGCGUUGACGCGCCUGCAGGACACAUACAAAUUGGACACGUCCUCUUUGGCACGCGGUGAAUUAAACGGAGUAAAGUACUCCACGGAAUUAAACGCGGCGGAUUGCUUUGAAUUGGGGAGACAAUCCUAUAACAAUGAAGAUUAUUAUCAUACCCAGUUGUGGAUGCGUGAAGCCGAUGUACGGCUGGGACGCGAAGUCAACGAAACAGUUCACAGAAGUGAUAUUUUAGAAUAUUUGGCUUUUAGUACUUUUAAACAAGGAAACGUGCAUUUGGCGUUGGACCUUACAAAUAAACUCUUGGAAUUGGUCCCGACUCAUCCCAGAGCGACGGGUAACAAAGUUUACUAUGAAAAUUCAAUUGAGAAGACUAAUCUCGAGCAACGAAAAGGUGAUGAUGGCACAGACCAGGUUGCUGAGGUUAUCACCCAUCCAGCUCCUCUUCAUCCUGAUCCCCAUCGCCACUUGUACGAACAAUUAUGUCGUGGCGAAGAAAUGUUGGAAUCUCACCUGGCUGCUGAGCUGAAAUGUUUUUACUAUAAACCGAAACACAAUAAAUUCCUGCAAUUGGCACCGUUUAAAGUGGAAGAAGCUUACAAAUCGCCUCGUAUUUUGAUUUUCUACGAUGUCAUGUCCGAUAGUGAGAUUGCGUUGAUCAAGAGGAUGGCUCAACCCAGAUUUAAACGUGCAACCGUACAAAACUCACAAACGGGAGAACUUGAAACCGCUCAAUAUCGUAUUAGUAAGUCCGCAUGGUUGAAGGAUAACGAACAUAAGCACAUUGCUACUGUUAGCCGAAGGGUUCAGGAUAUGACAGGUCUUACAAUGAAGAGUGCUGAGGAGUUACAAGUGGUGAAUUAUGGAAUUGGUGGACAUUAUGAACCACAUUAUGAUUUUGCCAGGAAAGAAGAAACAAAUGCAUUUAAAAGCCUAGGAACAGGAAAUCGUAUUGCAACUGUUCUUUUCUAUAUGAGUGAUGUACCUCAAGGUGGAGCAACAGUUUUCCCCAAUAUUAAAGUAGCGCUCUGGCCUACGAAAGGUGCGGCUGCCUUUUGGUUUAACUUACAUCCUGAUGGAGAGGGCGAUAAAAGGACGAGACAUGCAGCUUGUCCUGUUCUGGCAGGCUCCAAAUGGGUUUCGAAUAAAUGGAUCCACGAACGCGAGCAAGAAUUCCGACGACCUUGUGACUUAAUACAAACCCCAUCUGACCUAACGGCGUAGCAUAAUUAGCAACAAUUAUUUUAUUUUUAUCAACAACUUCAUAAAAUCAACACAUGCUUUUUAUUUUGUUUUGGUCGACAUCUUUUUCUUAUAUCAUCAUUUGAGUUUUUUUGUAAUAUACGAAAUUAUACCAAAAAUUUUAAACCAAGCCAGUCAUAUUGUAAAUUUUAUUGAUAGAGAGUGAUAACAAGUACACUAAAUGAUCCUAUUAUUGAUAAUAUAAUUUUAUAUUUACAAUUUUUAUAAACAGAUUUAGUAAUAUGUACUGUAUUGAGUAAUCAAUAUUCUGUAAAAUGUUUUGUGUUUAAAUAUAAUAUAUAAAGUUUAACAAUA